CACAAAAAAAUCGAUUAGUAGUAGAGAAGACUUUGGGAUCCCUAAAAUAAACACGCUACGCUUCGUGUACUGUUUUUAUACUAUUAAUACUAUUUAUCCUAAUACUACUAGUUUCUCAGCAAUAUGAUUAUCCCAAUUCGGUGUUUUACCUGUGGCAAAGUUAUUGGCAAUAAAUGGGAAUCGUACCUUGGUCUGCUACAAGCCGAAUACACUGAAGGUGAUGCAUUGGAUGCUUUGGGUCUAAAACGUUACUGCUGUCGGCGUAUGCUGUUGGGUCAUGUGGAUUUGAUUGAGAAACUUCUCAAUUAUGCUCCUCUUGAGAAGUAGCUCUUUAUCCGUAUCAUUUAGAAUAAUAAAUUUUUAGUAUAGAAUGGUAAAAUAAAAAAAAAAUAUAUAUUUUUUUUUAAUUUGAGUAAAAACCAUAAUCGCUUUAAUUACAAAAAAACUGAUGUAAAAAUUACAAAACGAAAAAGUAUUUAGUUGACUUGUAACAAUAUUACUACUACAGUUUAUCCAUAAACCAAGGCUGCCCGUUUUUCUCACGGCGUUUGGUCAGAAUAUCACAACCAGUGUCUGUAACCAAAAGCGUCUGCUCAAACUGGGCCGAAUACAAGCCAUCACCAGUAACAGCAGUCCAGUCAUCGGGCCAUUGCGACACCGUACUCAAGCCUUCCGAUAUCAUGGGCUCAAUAGUGAAUGUAUGGCCAGCUUUCAUAACUCCAACAGCAGAAUUUUCUACAAAUACAACAUGAAAUUAAAGAAUGUUUCGUAAAUUUGAUUUGUAGUGUAAAAUAAGGUUAAUUUUUUGAGUUUCAAAGUCCUUUGUAUAUGGUUUAUUAUUCUAUACCAAAAAUAACUUAAGAUGUUCUGUUUUCUUUGCAAAACGUUGUGCAUUACAAUAAAUCAUGUCACUUUUGAAAUGAA